AUGCCUACGGCGUCAAUCUCAAAUGAAGCGGCAAGAGACGAUUCAUCGCCAAUGGCUCGCCCCAUCGACUCCAAAGUAUUCUGGAAAGUGCAGUUGGUUUCACUUCUACCGCAUCGCGAACUGUGCGAUAGACUCGUAUCGUAUUAUGUAGAGAAUAUCGACCUCAUAUAUCACACUAUCCAUAUCCCAAGCUUCCAGCGCCAAUACGAGGAAUUCUGGUCCCUGAACACUGCUGAAAUCGAUCUCGUAUGGUUGGCUCUGUUGCUGACAGUCAUCUCCGUGGCUGCGCUCAUGACCUCAAAGGAAUACGUGGAAAUGUUGGGAAUGAAAAAAGCGAUAGCUCGUGAUUGGGCCCAUGUCUGGCAUCAAGCCUCUCGACAGGCGCUUUAUGCCGGAGAUUAUGAGUUGAAGCCGACUUUGACGCAGUUGCAGGUGUUUGUGUGCACUCAGAUAUAUUGGUUGGAGACCAAGAAUCAUGAAAUAUUGAACUCAGCUCUAGGGCAGGCAGUACGAAAUGCUCAGGCUCUCGGAUUGGACAGGAACAAGCCUGGCAAAAACCGCCUCGAUACCGAACUUAGACGUCGUGUCUGGUGGGAACUCGUAAUUAAUGAUACUUAUCAGGCCAUGUGUCUGGGACGGCCACCUCUAAUCCAUACUUCAUCCUCCGAGGUACCAAAGCCAGUGCAUUGUAACGACGUUGAUGUCACUGAAACAAACAUCACACCACGUCCCAUGGAGGAAAUCACCGACAUGAGUGCUAGCAUUGCGCACAUCGAGAUUUAUAUCGUCUUCCGUCGACUCUUUGAAGACAACGGUGCCUAUACAUCGUCCUAUGAACAUGUUUGGUCUAUCGAUCGCCAGAUUCAGGAAGUUGUAUCACGACUCCCAUGGUAUUUCCAGAUCAAUGACGAGAUCAACGUUUGCCACGCGUCAAGUAUGAACACGAUCUUUUACCAGCACAAUAUUCUGCAUAUUGGCAUCUGUCUACAGCGCAUUCGGCUUAAUAGACCCUUUCUGCAUGCGCGUAUUGGCGAAUCGUGGAUUGUCUGCGCCAAAGCCGCGCAGGAUAUUCUCGUCCCCUAUCGACGAAUGCGCGAGGCUAAUGUCGCUGGGUUUUUGAGGUCGCAACAAUUCACUUCGCUUGAAUACCAGGUCUAUACUGCUGCUGUAGCAGUGGCAGCAUUUCUGCUAGUGGAACGGUCAUUGCCGGGAUUAUCUUCACAAUCAAUGAUCCAAGACGUCCAAAUGGUUAUAUCGGACCUAGAACAGGUAGAUCUCAGACCUAUGCUGGCCGAUGGAGUCAAGGUGCUGCGAAAGAUGCUCGACUUGUUUGAGCAGGGACACGCACAGGACUCACAGGCGCGUAUCUCUUUGGUCAAAGAGAUUGCGGCUGUUUUUGGUGGAGAGGAGCUUGCGAAGAAGUAUUUGAAACAGUCUCAUGAUACCCUCUGUUCUACUAGGGCUACAGUGACAAAUGUAGCUCCCACACACAUAGCACAGUCACUCACAAUGCGAGAGUCCGACUUUGGACAUACAAACAAUACGAUUCCUUCGGGUAUAGAACGUCCAGAUAUUGAAGUCGAAAACUCAUUUACGACCGUCAAUGAUUCUACAUCUCUCGACUUUGAGGUUGCAUUGGACAUGUUAAGCUUCGAUCAGUGGCUAGACUAUCUGAUACCUGGCGAGACAGAUAUGUCCCUUGACCAAUGGUGA